AGGGGUGCCGAGACGAGGGGAGGGCGGGGGACGGGCCCUAGGUCGAGGGCGAGCUCGGAGGUGCGGGUUGGUUCUCCGCACGUCCUCUCCUGUGUUGGUCCCAUAACCCCUGGCUACGCAAGGCUAAGGUUUAUAAGGUAGAGUCAGUUGUGGGGUUCAGAGGGUCAGCAGUCAGUCCUCCAAAUUCGGAGAUUCAGCGCUUGUCGUCAGUAUUGGGACUCAGGGGCCUGGUAGGUUCAGUGUUUGGGACGCCAAGGGAAUCUGUCUUUUGAUUCAGACUUCAUCACCUAGAGGUCUAGGGUGCAGUUGCCAUCAUGCUGAAAGCUGUGAUCCUGAUUGGAGGCCCUCAAAAGGGGACCCGCUUCAGGCCUUUGUCUUUUGAGGUGCCCAAACCCCUGUUCCCAGUGGCAGGGGUCCCUAUGAUCCAGCACCACAUUGAGGCCUGUGCCCAGGUCCCUGGGAUGCAGGAGAUUCUGCUCAUUGGCUUCUACCAGCCCGAUGAGGCCCUUACCCGGUUCCUAGAAGCUGCCCAGCAGGAGUUUCACCUUCCGGUCAGGUACCUGCAGGAAUUUGCCCCCCUGGGCACAGGGGGUGGUCUCUACCAUUUCCGGGACCAGAUCCUGGCGGGAGGCCCUGAGGCCUUCUUCGUGCUCAACGCAGACGUCUGCUCCGACUUCCCCUUGAGCGCUAUGCUGGAUGCUCACAGACACCAGCCUCACCCUUUCCUGCUCCUCGGCACCACGGCUAACAGGACGCAGUCCCUCAACUACGGCUGCAUCGUAGAGAAUCCACAGACGCACGAGGUCCUGCACUAUGUGGAGAAACCCAGCACGUUUGUUAGUGACGUCAUCAACUGCGGCAUCUAUCUCUUUUCCCCGGAAGCCCUGAAGCCCCUUGGGGAUGUCUUCCAGCGGAAUCAGCAGGAUGGGCAACUCUGCCUUCCUCUGGGGGAGGACUCUUCCGGCCUGUGGCGGGGGGCAGGUACCAUCCGCCUGGAGCAGGAUGUGUUCUCAGCGCUGGCUGGGCAGGGCCAGAUCUACGUCUACCUCACUGAGGGUAUCUGGAGCCAGAUCAAGUCUGCAGGCUCAGCCCUCUAUGCCUCCCGCCUCUAUCUGGGCCAGUACCAGCUCACUCACCCAGAACGCCUGGCCAAGCAUACCCCAGGGGGUCCACGGAUCCGAGAUCCAGAGGUGAAGGCUUCACCCUGCCCUCCCUGGACCAGGACCAGAGUUUGGGCUCUUUGUCCCCAGUCCUCUCUUCUGCUUCUAGGAAACGUUUAUAUCCACCCAACGGCAAAGGUGGCCCCGUCGGCUGUGCUGGGCCCCAACGUCUCCAUCGGGGAGGGGGUGACCGUGGGCGAGGGUGUACGGCUCCGAGAGAGCAUUGUCCUCCACGGAGCCACGCUGCAGGAGCACACAUGUGUUCUGCACAGCAUCGUGGGCUGGGGGAGCACCGUAGGGCGCUGGGCCCGCGUGGAGGGUACCCCCAAUGACCCCAAUCCCAACGACCCCCGAGCCCACAUGGACAGUGAGAGCCUCUUCAAGGAUGGGAAGCUGCUGCCUGCCAUCACCAUCCUGGGCUGCCGAGUCCGGAUCCCUGCUGAGGUGCUGAUCCUGAACUCGAUUGUUCUGCCACACAAGGAGCUGAGCCGAAGCUUCACCAACCAGAUCAUCCUCUGAGGGGGGCUGCCAGAAGGCCCCCCCCCAACUCUUCCUCACUCCCCUCGAGGCUACUGCCUGCAUGGCCAGCCUCGGGCCAGAAAGGACUGGAGGGAGUCAGGCAGGAUCCUCACACACCGGCAGCAACGUGGGUGCAACGUGGGUGGCGGGGGGACUCCUGGCCUCCCUCUCCACUCCCUAAUAAACCCCCGUGAACCUUGGA